AUGUCUUCUAGACCCUCUUCUCCCCCAGUUGCCAAACAGAUCGCACAGGCUUCUGAGAGCGUGGCCAACUAUGAGGAUCAGCUGGCAAAGAUGCGCAAGUUCCUCAACAGCAGCUCCGAGCCGAUCUGCGAUCCCCAGUGGUUUGCAGGCAUGCAAAAGAAGCUCAACUUCACGAUCGAGCAAGGAGCGACGCUCACGGUCUUCAGGAAGCCGUCGGGAGAUGCCACACUUGACGAUCUUGUCGUUCUCGAACGCGAGUGUUUGAGGGUGCAGCGCCAUGAAAACACGUUGCAAGUGAUGGCUCUUAUUGAGCGCACUCUUGCGAGCGAGAAACAGUCCGCUAUGAAGCACGCACCUGAACACCAGGACCAAUUGGCUCGCGAGAUCGAAAUCGUCACCGAGCGGAUCUUUAGGUCUGAGAGAUAUCUUCCGAUGUUCUUAGCUGUGGAGGCUUCUAAACAACGAUGCCUGCUUCGAAGACAGAUGAUCCAGAGCAUGAAAGAAACGUACGACUCAAUGACGAUGGAGCUUAUACGAGAUCGCUCGUUAUUGGGUCAGCUCCAGCGACAGUUGCGAGCCAUGAUUGGAGCAUGGGGAAAGUAG